AGGAGGGCGGGGCGGGCGCCCUCGGGUCAGUCUCGGCCUCCGGCACCGGCCGCGCAGCUGGAGGCGGCGGAGCGGAAGCCCCGGCCAUGGCGGCGAUCCGGAAGAAGCUGGUGAUCGUGGGGGAUGGGGCCUGUGGAAAGACCUGCCUCCUCAUCGUCUUCAGCAAGGACCAGUUUCCAGAGGUCUACGUCCCCACCGUCUUUGAGAACUACAUCGCUGACAUCGAGGUGGACGGCAAGCAGGUGGAGCUGGCUCUAUGGGAUACAGCUGGACAGGAAGACUAUGAUCGCCUGCGGCCUCUCUCCUACCCUGACACGGACGUCAUCCUCAUGUGCUUCUCCAUCGACAGCCCCGACAGCCUAGAAAACAUUCCUGAGAAGUGGACCCCGGAGGUGAAGCACUUCUGUCCCAAUGUGCCCAUCAUCCUCGUGGGGAAUAAGAAGGACCUGAGACAGGAUGAGCACACCAGGCGAGAGCUGGCCAAGAUGAAGCAGGAGCCUGUUCGGUCCGAAGAAGGCCGGGACAUGGCGAAUCGCAUCAGCGCCUUUGGCUACCUCGAGUGCUCAGCUAAGACCAAGGAGGGGGUGCGGGAGGUCUUCGAGAUGGCCACUCGUGCUGGCCUGCAGGUCCGCAAGAACAAGCGCCGGAAGGGCUGUCCCAUUCUCUGAAAUCCCCUCCACCUUCCCCUUAGGCCUCCCCCGCUUGCCUUUCCUCCCCUCACCCCUCACCCUCCUGGAACUCCCAUUGCUGAAGGCUCCCGUCUCAGAUCCUUCUGCCCAGGACUGCAUCUAAAGUUGCCCCACCACCAGGUGGCCAUGAGAGGCCUUCCCUCCCAGCCUGCUGGGAACACAGGCCUGCCUGUGCCUGUCCUUCUCUGGGCGGAGUGCCUCCUGCUCCCGCUGCUGUGCCACCUUGUCCAAGGAACUGCUGCCUUUGGCCUUCUUCAGAGGACGGUCACACACCAGCACUUUAGACACUUCUGGCUCCCAGGAAUGUGUCUGGGGGAGAGAAAUGGGAUUUCUGCUUGGGUCAGGGGCCUCAUCUCGUACUUGGGGAGGGGCAUGAAUAAAAGGCCACAGGCUUCAA